AAAAUUUUAAGUUUUUUUUUUGUGAAUUUUCAUUCACAGAUAUUGAGAAUUUUUUUGUUCAAAUUUUUGUGAUUUUUGUUUUCGUCUCGUAAACAAUGUCCGUCUCGGACAUUUCGGAUGUUUCGGAUACAUCGAACGUAUCGGAUUAUUCCUCGGAUAGCGAAAACAGUGUGACGGCCGUCCUUAGCCAAGAUGCAGAUGAAGAUCUGCCAUCGCCGGCAUCGGUUGACAGCCUUGUGGUGUCCGAUCCCGAUGGCCACUCUUCGGGUGACGAUGUUGAUGCACUGAGCCCCAACGCCGAGGACCAUUCGCCAGCAGUACAACCGCGACGGUCCGCCAUAAGCUAUCUAAAUUUUAUGCGGGACUUCAACCGCAGACAUGGCGGGACAUUCAGAGGACAAAAAAUGGUGAACGUUGCAGCACAACAGUGGCGCUCAAUGGACUCGGACCAGCGGAAUCAGUAUCGAAAUCCCGACUAUCGCCAGAAAAUCUCCAAGAGUUCGUAUUCGCCAGAGAGCUCGAGCACGACUUCUCUGACACCGAGUCAGUCCGAUUUCCUUGCGUCUGAUGCGUCCUCCCUGGACGAAGUGGAUUGCUCAAAGAAGCCCGAGCCCUGUGCUAAGAGGAAGCGCAAGCGCAAGCGCAGCUGUGGUAAGAAAAUGCGCAAGAAGUCCGCUUGUGGAAAGCGUCGACGCAAGAAGUCCGCCUGCGCCAAGAAACGCAAGGCGUCCAAGAAAAGCUGUGGGAAGCGUCGCCGCAAGCGUCGCAAGACCUGCUGAGACCGGAGGAAUAAACCAAACAAAACCACGGAAAAUGCACACAAGGGAGGGGGAAACCUCCAAGCGAACACUACAUGCAACUGUAGAAGCCUCACCUGCGCAAUGAAAUGCUAGAGCUUGGACGGCCUCCCCUCCACACCCUGGCUGUUCGGUACCCACAGUGCCACUCACAGAAGUGACCAAUAAAUGUUACCCCACGUCAAGUGCA